ACCGGAUUCUGGUUUGGUUAUAUAAUCCAAUUUUAAUUAGAGAAAACCGGAUUAUGGUUCUGUCUGGUUAUGUAAACCAAUAAUUUUUCGAUCCCGUCGAAAUUGUUUGACCUGAAGGGAUUUGGAAAAACCCUCUCUCACUCUCAGGCUCAAGCGCCGGCGUUCUCUAGCCAAAUUCGAUUUCGUUUCUAAGUUGCGAUCGAGAAAUGCAGAGAUCAUCUUUGCGGCUACUAGCUAAACCUCUCUUGGAGAGCAAGCGAGGGUUUUGCACGAGCUCCGAUAAGAUCGUAGCUUCGGUGCUUUUCGAGAGAUUGCGCGUUGUCAUACCCAAACCGGAUCCUGCUGUUUACGCUUUCCAGGAGUUCAAAUUCAAUUGGCAACAGCAGUUUCGUCGUAGAUAUCCAGAUGAGUUCUUGGACAUUGCUAAGAACAGAGCCAAGGGUGAAUAUCAAAUGGACUAUGUACCUGCUCCUAGAAUUACAGAGGCUGACAAGAAUAACGAUAGGAAGUCAUUAUAUAGAGCUCUAGACAAAAAGUUGUAUCUUCUCAUCUUCGGCAAGCCAUUUGGAGCUACUAGUGACAAACCUGUCUGGCAUUUCCCAGAGAAAGUCUACGAUUCUGAGCCAACUCUUCGCAAGUGCGCGGAAUCUGCUUUGAAGUCAGUCUUAGGAGACCUCACUCACACAUACUUUGUUGGAAAUGCUCCAAUGGCUCACAUGGCCAUACAACCUACAGAAGAAAUGCCUGAUUUGCCAUCUUACAAGAGGUUCUUCUUCAAAUGCAGUGUAGUAGCAGCAUCGAAAUACAACAUAAGCAACUGCGAGGAUUUUGUGUGGGUAACCAAAGACGAGCUUUUGGAAUUCUUCCCGGAGCAAGCAGAAUUCUUCAACAAGAUGAUCAUUGGCUGAGUCACUCGCACCACAAAAACUGCUAUUUUGAAUCCCUUCUCCAUCACUGUGAUCUUUCUGGUAUUAAGUUAAAUGUAAACAUGGUGUGUGAAGGUCAGUGUAAUAACCAGACAAAACCAUGUCUCUGGUUUCUUAGUCACAUGAUUUUUUUUUUACUGUUUAUCUGAAGUAGUUGAAUGUUGUGAUUUCUUCUCAACCUUUUUUAGACAUCUCUCCAAUACA